AAGCCUUUCAGUGGGAAGAGGAAAGUGAGCUUCACCGUCUUGGGAUUUGAGGGGGUGUUGCAGUGUGUACCUGAUGUCGACAAAAUGGAAAAUCCUGAAAUAGUUGUAAGUAGUUGCAGCUCUCAUGAAGAUGAGAAAUUCAACCGCUACAGACAAAGUAUCUCAAUAUCUCAGGAGCUGCUCCUGGAAGACCAGAUGAAAAGAAAGCUCAAAUUUUUUUUCAUGAAUCCUUGUGAAAAAUUUGGAGCUCGUGGUCGAAAACCAUGGAAACUUGGAAUACAGAUUUUUAAAAUAGCGAUGGUUACAAUCCAGUUGGUCUUUUUUGGGCUAAGUAACCAGAUGGUGGUUGCUUUCAAGGAAGAGAACACUAUAACAUUUAAACACCUCUUCUUGAAAGGCUAUACAGAUGGCAUGGAUGACACCUAUGCAGUCUACACACAAACAGAUGUAUAUGACCAGAUCUUCUUUGCAAUCCACCAGUUCCUGCGGUUGCACAACAUGUCAGUGGGGAAUCAUGCCUAUGAGAAGAAGGGAGCCAAAGAGUCCGCCAUGACCAUCUGUCAGCACUUCUACAGGCGUGGGAGCAUCUGGCCUGGAAAUGAUACCUUUGAUAUCGACCCAGAAAUUGAAACUGACUGUUUCUAUGUGGAACCAAUGCAACCACGCAGUAAUGGGACACUGGAUGGAAAUAAAUUCAAUUUAACUCUGGAUUUUCACAGACUACUUACUGUUGAUCUUAAGUUUAAACUGAAGGCGAUCAAUCUGCAAACAGUGCGGCACCAUGAACUCCCAGACUGUUAUGAUUUUACCCUGACUAUAAUUUUUGACAAUAAAGCACAUAGUGGAAGAAUUAAAAUAAGUCUAGACAAUGAUAUUGCCAUCAAAGAAUGUAAAGAUUGGCAUGUGUCUGGCUCAAUACAGAAAAAUACUCAUUACAUGAUGAUCUUUGAUGCCUUGGUCAUUUUGACUUGCUUAGCCUCAUUAGUCCUUUGCAUACGAUCAGUGAUUAAAGGAUUUCAGCUGCAGAGGGAAUUUGUAAACUUUUUCCUCUUCCAUUUUAAGAAGGAAGUUUCUGUUAAUGAUCAAAUGGAAUUUGUCAAUGGAUGGUACAUUCUAAUUAUCGUCAGUGAUGUGCUGACCAUCAUUGGUUCAGUUCUGAAAAUGGAAAUCCAAGCUAAGAGUCUAACCAGUUACGACGUCUGUAGCAUCUUUCUAGGGACUUCCACCAUGCUCGUGUGGCUUGGAGUCAUUCGCUACCUAGGUUUCUUUCAGAAGUACAAUCUCCUCAUUCUGACUCUCCAAGCAGCAUUACCUAAUGUUAUUCGAUUCUGCUGCUGUGCUGCCAUGAUCUAUUUGGGCUACUGCUUUUGCGGUUGGAUAGUCCUGGGACCUUACCACGUGAAGUUCCGGUCUUUGAACAUGGUCUCUGAAUGUCUGUUCUCCCUAAUAAAUGGAGACGACAUGUUUGCGACAUUUGCCAAAAUGCAGCAGAAGAGUUAUUUGGUCUGGCUAUUUAGUCGAAUCUACCUUUACUCCUUCAUCAGUCUUUUUAUCUAUAUGGUUUUAAGUCUCUUCAUUGCACUGAUUACUGAUACCUACGAAACAAUUAAGAAUCACCAAGAAGACGGCCUUCCAGAGAGUGAACUUCAUGCAUUUAUAGCUGAGUGCAAAGAUCUACCCAACUCUGGCAGAUACAGGUUAGAUGACAAGACUUCAGAGUCCGUCUUCUGCUGUUGUCCCAAACUGUCUGAAUGAAGACAUUUAAGACGUGGAGUUAUUCAUGUUCUUCACAAGACCUAGCAAUAAGGAUGAUGCUUGGCUUUGAAGUUUACCAAAAAGAGAGCGGUUCAAAGCUAUUUUUGGAGUUUUGAAUAGGUGGUAAUAAAGUAUGGAAGUCAAACUAGGAAAAUAAUAUUUCUCCCAUUUGGUUUGAAUUUUUCUAACCUUAGAAUCUUCAUGUUUGUAGUAGUCACUGUUGGACUGCCACUAGAAUUAAAUGGCAGUAUGAAAUUUGGAUGUUUGUGAUAGAACUAGACCAUUCUCUUUUGUUAUGUGUUGAAUUGUUCUGCUACACCUUAAAUGAUAAAAAAAUGUCUCCUCUGGGACAGUAAAAUGUUAGCUGUUCAAAUGCAAAAUGUUCCAGGCAAUCUCACAGUCUAGCCCACAGAGUGGAGCCUCAAGACCACAGAAUUUCGGUUAGGCCUGGACUUAACUCUAGGUCGGAUGGACUUAACUCUAAGUAGGAUGGCCUGAGGACCAGAUGUGAUUUCAGGCCUACAUCAGGAUGACACUACUGCGCUUGUAUCCCACCCUCUCACCCCCUCCCCGUACACACAUUCAUUCAUUCACUCACUCACUCUCACUCAGGGAGUAUUUGUACACUUUUUGCCGGAACAACCACAGAAGUAUAAAAAGCUGGACCCAGAAGUGUUCCUGCUUAACCCGGUGCCCCUUCCCACAUCCCUACCUGAAGUAGCCAUGCCAAGAAGCUACAACCCUGUCUGAGUCCAGCCAGCCUUGGAUUCACACUAGCCCAACCUGGUCUUACAAGGCUGAAAGCCACGGGCUGGAUUCUGCCAUCACAGGACACUCAACUCACGACAAACGUAAUGUUUUAAAAGAUACUGUUUGUUGUCACCCUCAUGAUUCUUUUUCUCUCCUCUUCUUCCUCCUCCCCCACUCAUUUUUCUCCUCCUCCUGCCCAGCCCGUGGACACCUUUCUACAGGUUAGUCCUAAAUGCCAAACCCUCAAGUCCCUUCCGAAGCGGCUUAGGGUACAAGUUUG